UUUAAGGUUCUGUCGGAAUUUAUCUAAUAUAUAUUUUAACACCAUAAUUAGGACACUGAAAUUAAUUGUGUGAUAUUUUUUUAAAUCAAGAAGUAUUUAAACCAGUUUUAAAAACUUGACGUAGAUAAAAAUUAUUACCAUGUCAAAUAUAAAAACAAUAACAAAUACUGUACGCAUGGUAAACAAAAGACCUUUUAAAGUAUCAAUCGAAGGAAACAUAGGUUCUGGUAAAUCUACUUGUAUCAAGUUUUUCGAAAAAUAUCCAGUUGUAGAAACGCAUGCGGAACCAAUAUCUGAAUGGCGCAACGUCAGUGGUCACAACCUACUCGGUCUUGUAUACAGUGAUAUGAAAGAGUGGACCUUUGCCUUCCAGCAUUAUGUACAUCUCAGCCGCCUCAAAAUACAAAUUAGUCCACCUUCUAACCCAAGCAUAGCAGUUAAAAUGUUUGAAAGAUCUGUUCAAAACAGUAGGCACUGUUUUGUUGAAAAUGCCAAGAAGCAGGAUUUCCUUAAAGACCCAGAAUAUCAAGUACUUCUACAAUGGUUUGACUACACAGAGAAGAAUUUAGACACCAGUUUAGACCUCAUUGUUUAUUUACGAACAACACCUAAAACAGUUUGGGAGAGGAUGAUGAAACGCGGUAGAGCUGAGGAAUCUGAAGUGCCACUAGAGUAUUUAGAACAAGUUCAUGAAUCCUAUGAGAACUGGCUGAGUUCCCCUGACGUUGGCUGCGAGGUGCUGACGAUUGACGCCGACAGGAGCAUAGAGAAUGUUGAAAAAGAUUUAGAACGAUACAGUUAUAAAAUAUUAGGUGGUAAUCACACUAACUAAUAUAUAUAUACAAUUUAUUAACAUUUAGAUACUUUAUAUUGACUUGAUAGAUAACAAACAAUGAUCUAAACGAAUAUUAUAGGGGUGGAUAGUCUCUAUGUUCCAAAGAACUCAACUCAGAAACUAGUAGACUGGUUUGAAAAAUUUUUGUAUUAGAUUUACUGGUGGUAGAGAUUUGUGCAAGCUCGUCUGGGUAGGUACAAAUACUCAUCAGAUAUUCUACCGCAAAACAGCAGUACUUGGGAUUGUUGUGUUCCGGUUUGAAGGGUGAGUGAGCCAGUGUAAUUACAGGCACAAGGGACAUAACAUCUUAAUUCCCAAGGUUGGUGGUGCAUUGGUAAGGUAAGUGAUGGUUAACAUUUCUUACAUGCCAAUGUCUAUGGGCGUUGAAGACCACUUACCAUCAGGUGGUCCAUAUGCUCGUCCGCCUUCCUAUUCUAAAAAAAAAUAAUUAAGAAAGGUUAUAUUUAAAAAAUUGAUGUUACAACUACAUUGAAAGGAGCAGGAGCAGCAAGCUAAUGUUAUUUAAUUUAUAAGCACAAAUGGUUAUAUACUUGCAUUAAGGCAGGCAUGUAUAAAAAUAUAUAUUCAACUAGUAAUGUUAUAUGGCUCUAUAUGAAUUAUGUACUAAACAUUAACCAAUAUUUUUAACUAUAUAAAAUAAUAAAUAAAUAUCGUUUUUAUAUAACAGACAUUUAUUUAUACAGACUAUAAUAUAAUUAGAAAUAUAUAUGAAUGUGCAGAAGCUUAUUUUGUGAUCUAUUGCUUGUCAAUUUUAAUGUUAUUGUAAUUGUAACAUCACGAGUGAGGCUAUAGUGUUUGGUCACCAUGUGCAAGAUAUUAAAUGCCUGUGGUUUCUGAAACGCUAAUUAAUGUCCGAUUUACUAAUAUGAUUGAAUACUGAACGCUCAUUGGUCUAUUGCGUCAUGCCGUCAACCAAUCAUGUAUAAAUGUUUGACAAUAAUCAUUGUUUCAAUACACUGUAUUAUAAUUUUUUUGUGGCUAUUUAUUUUCCCGUGACGCGUGUUUUGAUCAAAUAUAUUAUUAUGAGAAUAUAUUUGCCCGCCAUUAUUCUUUUAAAUAAUAUAAACAAUAUUGAUAAAGUCUUAUUACAAUCAAAUAUAUGUAAGAUGAAUUAAAUAAAAUUAUUGUUAGAAUAUUUAUACAAGUUAUGUCUAUAGAUAACUCAAAGAACAAUACCUUGGCCUAUUAGUAGUAGUUUAGUCAUAUUUAAUUGAACUUAGUAUUUUUAAAACAAUAUAAUUAGAUAUAUUUAUUAAAAAUUCACGGCCUUAAUUAUAAGCGUUGCUUAGCGAAUAAUUAGUUAAACAAUGCUGUCUUCUUCUUUCGAAUGUCAAAUCAAUGAUGACUGAAAGGGAGAAACCAGUGUUUCACUAAGCAAAGUUUAUAAGUAAGGGUCGUCACACUCGGGCCACAAUGACAAAACGCCGCCACCGGCUUAUUUCCUGUAGUUCAUACAUUUACAUGGACUCCGCUCACACGUUUGACACCGGGUGGCCGCCACACGCUACAAAUCGUCGCUGCUUGCUUCUUACUCACAAAACGCCGCCAUACGCCACUCGCGCGAUUCUCCACCCCUCUUUCCCUUACCUCAGUUAACCUGUUCGAGUCGAAGGCAAUGCACGCAUAUAUAUAUAGGUUAAAAAAAGUAGCAGCCACCGACUGCAAAUGUCAACUACCGGCCACAAGUGGCUAUCGCGCGCUUUUGUCGCCACAUCUAGCUUCUCGUGGCAGCGUUUGUGGCUGUCGCGUGUGUCCCGGGUGCGGUGACCCUAAAGCUGUAAAUAUUUUGACUAAAUGUUGACUAAUCUGAUAUUUUUUUCACUGAAAUUGUUUUAAUUUUAAAAUAAAUAAUUGA